UAGUUGACGUGUCGCGUGUCGGCACAAAUUCAAUAAUAACGCGCGAGUUCCUCGUGUUCCUGGCGUCGGUGUCAGUGUUUAGGCCCCAGCUGCCCACCACAUUGCCACAGCAAAGCCACAACAAUGGCCGGAGACCAGCAGCAUGAAGAAGAAGCCAUGGCAGCUCCUCUCCACGUCGUGGUGUUCCCAUGGCUGGCGUUCGGCCACCUCAUCCCGUUCCUCGAGCUCUCCAGGCGGCUGGCGGCGUGGGGCCACGCCGUCACCUUCGUCUCCACGCCGAGGAACGUCGCCAGGCUCCCGCCAGUGCCAGAGGGCCUGUCCGGCCAAGUCCGGACCGUGGCCCUGCCGCUGCCGGCGGUGGACGGGCUGCCGGAGGGCGCCGAGUCGACGGCCGACGUGCCGCCGGAGAAAGUCGAACUCCUCAAGGCCGCCUUCGACGGCCUCGCCGCGCCCUUCGCGGACUUCCUCGCCGGCGCCUGCGCCGGCGGCCGGGAGCAGGCGGGGUUCGGGAGGAGGCCGGACUGGGUCGUGCUCGACUUCGCGCACCACUGGCUCUGCCCCAUCGCUGAGCAACACCAGGUUCCUUGCGCGAUGUUCCUCAUCGUUACGGCGACCGGAACCGCGUACACCGGCUCCCGUCGCCAGAACGUCAGCCAUCCCCGCGUCACCGUCGAGGACUUCAUGCCCAUGCCGAGGUGGUUCCCCUCCCCACCAUCCCUCGCCUUCCACCGCCACGAGGGCGCCUGGCUCGACGCCGCCUCCCAGCUCAACGCGUCCGGCGUCGCCGACACCGAGCGCAUGUGGCGGACCGAGGAGCGCUGCCGCCUCCUCGUGCUGCGCAGCUGCCCCGAGGUCGAGCAGCCCCGGGUGUUCCCGCUGCUCCAGGAGCUCUACCGCAAGCCCGUCCUCCCCGCCGGCCUCCUGCUGCCGGAGGACAGUCUGCGCGAGUCCGACGGCGACCACGGCGACGGCGCCGAGUGCACCCCAACCCCAGAGUUCUAG